AUGGCUGCUUUCAAGACGCUCUUCGCGGCCGUUGCAGCGGCUCUUGCUGUUGCUGGCGUCAGCGCGGCUGACUCUCUCAAGGAUGUUGAGCAUGUUGUCCUGUUCAUGCAAGAAAACCGUGCAUUUGAUCACUACUUUGGCACAAUGGCUGGUAUCCGUGGUUUCCAGGACCCGAACGUGCAGAUGCGCUCUAAGAGCAAAUCUGUCUUCUCACAGCCACUGAACUCUUCACUUAAGCCAGCUCCGCCCAAGGAUGUAGAUGAACUCAUGUUCUUCUACAUCAACCAAGCUGGCGGUCACUACAACAAAGCCACGCAGUGUAUGGUCGGUGGCUCGAAUGGUUGGCAAGAGAACCAUGCUGCUUGGAACAAUGGAAAGAAUGACAAGUGGGCCAUCGAAAACACGCCUUACUCGCUUGGUUACUUCAAGCGCAAGGAACUCCCUGUGCACUUUGCUCUCGCUGAGGAAUUUAUUGUGGGCGACUCUUACUACGAGAGUACAACCGCCGCCUCGGAUACGAACCGUGCUGUGUGGAUGUCUGGCACAGUUAACUCACCCGGCUCGCCUCCGGGUGGUGACCCGAAGAAGCAGGGUGGCCCAGUUAUUGAUGACCACCGCGCUGCGGGCUGUGAGAAAGACUCCCGUGGUAACCCUUUGGCGUGUCUCCCACUGAAGUGGAAGACAAUUCCUGAGUACCUUGAGGAACAAAACAUCACAUGGAUGGUUUAUGAAGACACUGACAAUGGCUACCACAACAUGUUGGAACAGUUCCAGCAGUACGAAUACGAUAUCAUCAAGCAAGGACCACUUGCCAAGAAGGGUAUUUACCGCCCGGGCCUCAAUAAGUUCAUGUUUGAUUUGAAGAACGGAAGUCUGCCACAAGUGUCGUACAUUGUCCCACCUAUCGAACUCUCGGAGCACCCACCGUACACGCCAGACGAUGGUGGCUGGAUCCAGCGCGAGGUGGUAACGUCGCUCAUGAACAGCCAAUACUGGAACCGUACCGUUUUGAUUAUGAGCUAUGACGAAACUGGUGGAUUUGCUGACCAUGUGAUGGCGCCUCUAUCGCCAAAGGGGACCGACGGUGAAUGGAUGGAAGAUCCAUUUGACCACAAUCUUGGCCAGCAGCCUGUUGGUCCUGGUUUCCGUGUGCCAUUCUACAUUGUUUCACCUUGGACCCGUAAAGGAGGUGUUUUCACGGAACAUGCUUCUCAUGACAGCCAAAUUCUUUUCCUUGAGAAGUGGUCAGCUGCUCACGGGAAGAACUGGACAAGUCACGAACUUAACCCAUGGCGUCGCAAGCACAUGAGUGACCUGUUGAGCGCCUUUGAUUUCACGAACCGUGACACGAGUGUUCCUAACAUCCCCACGAUGAAGAACGCGUCGAAGGACCCAGUCACUCACAAGUGGAAUGGCGCGGCACUUUGCCAAAAGCGCUACAACAAUGACAACCAGCCACCAGUUCCUUACGGAAACCAGACUGAGCUGAAGAAUGGCUACGAAGUCGAGAAGGGUCACAAGCAAGUGCGCGGGGCUCUGUCGGAGGGUCGCCACUUGGUAUUUGAAACAUACAACAACGCUCUGACGGCCAAAGAUGGCAAGUUGCAGGCAACUGAGAAGAAGUCGAAGAAGGACUCGAAGGACCAGAUGUUUGUGCUUCAUUGGCAAGGUAAGGAGCCUAAGGACAACAAGGGCUUCAAGAUCUCGACGCAGGGUAAGAACUCAAGCUACAUUACUGAGGACCUUAAGCUCUCAUCAAAGAAGGACGAUGGCGUUGUACUGUUCUUCGAGGACAAGGGUAAUGGCAAGGGCCAUGAGAUCAAGAACGGUAAGAAGUCGCUGUCCAUGAGCAAGGAUGGCGAAAUCAACUGGGUUGACUCGGAUGCGACGACGUUCAAGAUCUUCAGUGUAACGUACUAA